ACUGAGCCAUCUGCUUCUGUCUUCUGUCUUCUGUCUUCUUCCCGCGCCCUUCCCGACGCGCCGAGACCGCGACAGCGAGAGCUAGUAGACAAACCGCAAAGCCAUGGGCGUCUUCGCCGUGACCAAGCUGUCCGAGGGACCCGUGCGGCCGUCCGCCGCGACGCCGUCGGAGACGUUGCCCCUGGCCUGGGUCGACAGGUACCCGACGCACCGCGGCCUCGUCGAGUCCGCGCACGUGUACCGCAACGCCGCGCGCCUGGCGGCCCCGGUCUCGGAGGUAGAGGCCGACGCUGACGCCGGCGCGUUUGCGGCACUGAAGGAGGAUCAGGCUAAGAAGAAGAAGAAGUCCCCGGCCGCGGUCGUGCGCGCCGCGCUGGCGGACGCGCUGGUGCACUACUACCCGUUCGCGGGACGGAUCGUGGAGGACGACGUGCCGGGGCGCCCCGCUGUGCUGUGCUCGGCUGAUGGCGUCUACUUCGUGGAGGCCGCAGCGAACUGCACCCUUGCCGACGUCAACUUCCUGGAGCGGCCGCUGCUGCUGGGCAAGGAGCAGCUGGUGCCGUGCCCGGCGCCGGAGCUCUGGCCCGUCGAGCCGCACAACAGCCUCGCCAUGAUACAGGUCACGACCUUCACCUGCGGCGGUUUCGUGAUCGGCCUGCGCACCAACCACGCGGUGGCGGACGGCACGGGCGCGGCCCAGUUCCUGAACGCCGUCGGCGACCUCGCCCGCGGGCUGCCGGAGCCCCGCGUGAAGCCCGUCUGGGGCCGGGAUCGCUUCCCCGACCCGGACAUCAAGCCCGGCCCGCUCCCGGAGUUGCCGGUGCUGGCCCUCGAGUACAUCGCGUUCGACUUCCCGGCCGCCUACCUCAACAAGCUCAAGUCGCAGUACGCCGCGUCAACCGGCGGCAAGCUCUGCUCGGGCUUCGACAUCGUCAUCGCCAAGCUCUGGCAGUGCCGGACGCGCGCCACCGUCCCCGCCCCCGGCGUGGACGUCAAGCUCUGCUUCUUCGCCAGCGUCCGCCACGUGUUGAAGCUGGAGCCGGGAUACUACGGCAACGCCAUCUUCCCCGUGAAGGUGUCGGCGCCGGCGGAGAAUGUCGCCGCCUCGUCAGUGAUCGAGAUCGUCGGCAUGGUGCGGGAGGCGAAGUGGCGGAUGGCCGAGGAGUGCAUGAGCUGGGCCGAGGGCCGCACCGGCGGCCGCGACCCGUUCCAGAUGACGUUCAACUACGAGUCCGUGUACGUGUCAGACUGGAGCAAGCUCGGGUUCUCGGACGUGGACUACGGGUACGGCACGCCGAUGGCGGCAGGGCCGCUGGUGAACUGCGACCUCAUCGCGUCGGUCAUCGUCAUGAAGGCGCCGGCGCCGCUCGUCGGGACGCGGUUGCUGGCGAGCUGCGUUACCAAGGAGCACGCCGAGGACUUCACCCGCAGGAUGAGGGAGGACCUCGUCUGAUAAGCGCGCGUGCAAGCUUUCCAAAGCAGAAGGAAAUCAACCGUACACGUAUGAAUAUGCGUGGUUAUUGCUAUGGUAUAUGUUAACCUGUUGGAUCAGAUGGCGCUACGUGUACGAACAGAUUCUCAUGUUGAUGAUCGAACGCUGACGGACGGAACAGCAUCCAUCAGUCAGUGCUGAGAAGUUCGUGCAAGUUCUGUUCGUACACUUUGCAACACAGUAUUAUUUACUGGUGCAAAGUCAACUACACCUACUGUUAUAUAUGUACUUGAGCGAAUGAUUUCUGUGUAACAAUGUGAUUAAUUCAGUGUGUACGUACUCGUGUAUGUACAGUAAAUUAUUUGCAGACUGGAUAAUAA